UCACCUCUUCGCGCUCCAGGCAGAGACCCAAGCUCUUGAAUUGCAUUUUUGCCUGCGUGAAAUGUCUUCGUUUUCGUUUUCCAGCUCCGAAAGCUGAAACAAGCUGGAAAAGGGGGGCGUAAAUCCUAGCGAGCCCCCCCCCGGGCGGGCUGAAUGGUUCAUCCAGGUUGCCUAGGAGACUAACGGCAACACCGCGGUAGACCAGAUGCCCAGAGGCUAUGGCCACGUUAGCCGGGCUGCAGACUAAAUUGAAGGACCUAGGCAGACAGUACUACUUCUCCAACAGAGUUGUGGAUGUGUUUAGAAAAAAAGAAAAUAAUGCAGCAAUUAAAAUCCAGAGCUGGUUUCGAGGAUGUCAAGUUCGGGCAUAUAUCAGGCAUUUACACAGAGUGGCAACCUUAAUUCAAAAAUCAUGGAGAGGUUACUUAGGAAGAAAAUAUUAUCAACAAGUUGUGGAGUUAGCGUAUUAUACUAUGAAGAUGAAUCUCUACAAUGCAAUGGCUGUCAGGAUUCAGAGACAUUGGCGAGGUUAUAGGAUUCGGAAAUACUGCUUUAAUUAUUACUAUUUGAAAGAGUACCUGAGAGCUGUUUCAGAGACCAAUGAUGCAAUUAGGGAGGCACUGGAGGAGUUUGCAGAGAUGAGAGAGAGAGAAGAAAAGAAGGCCAACCUCGAAAGGGAAGAGAAGAAAAGCGCUCACCAAGCCCGAAAGAUGCAUCACCUGCUCAGCACAAAGCAGAUUCCAGGUAUUUACAACUCACCAUUCAGAAAAGAACCUGAUCCUUGGGAGCUGCAGUUACAGAAGGCAAAGCCUGGAACCCUGGGAAGACCCAAAGCCAAGAAGAAGCACUCCCUCCACCUCAGCGAUUGGCUGGCUUGUACCAGUGCCCGCUCCUUCCCUCGUUCUGAAAUCCUGCCACCCAUCAGUAGAAAACAGUGCCAGGGGCCCUUCCGUGAUAUGGCCGAGGUAUUGGAGCAGCGCUACAAGCCUUUGGAACCAACGCUGCGGGUGGCAGAACCCAUUAACCACCUAAAGGAAGCCAGAGAGGAGCUCAGGAAACAGGAGUGUGUGCGAAAUGUCCAUGAUAACAUGUUUUUGCCAUUUUCUACCUACCAUAAAAAUAAGAAGUACAUCCCAUUGAUACAUUCAUCAAGCAAGUAUGGUCCUGAUUCUUAUGGGUCUCAGCAUUUCAGACAUGAAGAUCCUAAGAAAUGGAUCUCUCACAAGGAUUUCCAAACUGUGUUACCUUCAUUUGAUCUCUUUGCAAAGUUUGGAAAAUUAUAUUCAAAAGCUGGACAAAUUGUAUAAAGAAAAUGAAAGAAGAAAAGAAGACAAAUGUAAAAUGAGGUUAUGCUGGAAUAGAAGACCCUCCUGGCCGGAAUCCUGGUUUCAACCUGUACCUCUCAUGAGUAACUUGACACAAUUCUCUUAAUUUCUGAGCAUUUUUGCUUGCACUUUCUCUCUCUCUCUCUCUCUCUCUCUCUCUCUCUGAAGAAAUUGCAACCAUCUCUGCUUCAUUCAACAUCAUCCUACAGAAAAUACACUUAAACUGUAUUUAUUAUUAUGACUCAAUAAACUAUAAUUUUUUACA